UAGACGUAAAAUGGAACAGAAAUAUGAGGUUUGCAUGACUGGUAGUCCACCAUGGGGAUUUCGCCUUGCAGGUGGAGCUGACUUUGACCAACAAAUUACAAUUGGUCGUGUUACUCCAGGAAGUUUAGCGUUCCAGCAUGGAAUCAGAGACGGAGACUUACUUCUUCACAUAGAUGGACACAGUACUGUGAAUGUGACACAUCUAGAUGUUCAAAGUAUGGUGAAACAGAUGGGAGCUGCCGGGCAGUUACGCUUGUCACUAGCACGACCCGGUAGUCAAAACCAAUAUCGGCCAUCUCAGUUUUCGAAGGGAUCAUACAACUACAAUCAGCCAUCACCGAAAACUGUAAUGGGUGGUGCUCCCCAAGUGCAGCAUUUGCAGUAUAACUCACCAAUUGGUCUUUACUCGUCCAACAACGUGUAUACCACCCUCAAGGACCAGACUCAAGGUGUUGGUAACGAAGCUCAAAUUGUCAUGGGUCGACAGCUUUCAAACGCCCUCGGACAAUCGGGAGGCCAAGAUUACGAUCCCACUCAGUCUGAAACAUUUCGACUUCUGCAGCAAACUGAACGAGAGAAACAGGAAAUGGGAUCCAAUAACAGCAGUCAUGCUAAUCUAGUGCGAAGCUACUCUAACCAGAGAGAACCGUCGAAUGAUCACGCCAUCCAGUCGAUGUCCUUCAGAAGGCUCCAGAAAGAGACCUCCUGCGCACUACAAUGACAAAAACACGCCUGCUAACCAAAUGCAGCGACAGAAUAGUAGACCCUCGUAUUUGCCGCAACAACCUCCAAACAGAGCGGGAGCCUUUAAUAAAAUGGAUAACAAUAUUCACGUGGCAUCAGCCCAGCAGCCCUUUUCGACCAAAUUCAGCGUCAAUAGCUCAGGUGGACCUGUGAGUGAGAUUAGUUCACAGCCUUCGGCAAAAUGGCAGCCGACUCCGAAGCCGCCGCAACCGAACUCAUUCGUGGCGAAUCGUGACAUGAGCCGAGGCCAGCCGAAUGUCAACACAGCUCGACAAAGUGUACAAAGUGCAAUACCCGCUAUUCCCAGACAAGCUCCUACGGUGCCUGCUUCUGUGCGGGACUGGAAACGACCAGAAGCGAGUGCAGCUCCUACCUCGACACCAGCGGGCAAUGAUGGCACCGCUGCGAGGAACCCCUCGUGCGAAGCAUGCCAAGGUGUUAUAAGGGGCCCAUUUGUGACUGCAGUUGGCAAGAACUGGCACCCAGACUGCUUCAAGUGUAAUGUGUGUGGCAUCAAUCUGCAAGAUGAGGGAUUCGUACAGGAUGACUCAACUGGACAGCUGCUGUGUGAGCAGCACUACAACAGCAUGUUCGCUCCGCCCUGCUACAAGUGUGGAGAUCGUAUCGUUGGGGAUGUGUUGCACGCAAUUGAGAAGACAUGGCAUGCGCAGUGUUUUGUGUGUACCCACUGCAAGCGACCAUUUGGAAAUGCAGGCUUUCAUUUGGAAGAGGGAAUGCCCUAUUGUGAAGAACACUGGAACGAGAUGUUUACUAGCAAGUGUGAGGCGUGCCAGAAGCCGAUCCAGGCUGGCCACAGGUGGCUAGAGGCUCUUAACGUGAACUGGCAUGCAGAAUGCUUCAAGUGUGCCACUUGCAUGAAACGACUGGAGGGCGAGACUUUCUUCUCUAAGUCUGGAAAACCCUACUGCAGAGAACACCAUCAUUUAGUCAGAUAGAUCUCGGAAGGACCAUUCGUGUCACAGAAUGCUCCGAACAGAACUAAAUCACUGCACUGAAAACUAGAUACACUUUUUCAGAGAAAUAUUUGCCUUUUUGAUGUUUUACACUGAUGAUCAAACUUAUUGGUUUCCCUUUUGUGGUACCAUCAAAUCUUUUUUAUACCAAAUUACUCAAACUAGACCUCAUUUUUGUAAUUUUGUUCAUGAUAACUGCGCAACCCAAAAUGAUUUAGUGGAGAUUGUUAAGUAAUUAAGAACUAACACCUUGUUUUUGGAUUAACAUAGACUUGGGCGCUAAAAUUUAUGUUUAUUUGAUCGAGUUUUUGUCAUUUUAGUUGGAUUUGAUUGAAGUGUUAUAUGGAAAAGACUGAAUAAAUAGAAGUGUGUUAACUGAUUGAUUGAAAGAGGUUGUUAAGAAAGAUUUUUUACUGCUUGUAAAUUUCUGCUAUAAGUUCAGACUUCAGAAAGCUUGCCUCAAUUAAAUUAUUGAGAUUUAACUUUAACUAACCGGUUUCAAAUGUUUUCUAAAUU